AUGCGCCCUGGUACUCUUCAACUGAGGGGUUGGAACGUGGUAAUUUUUUUCGUUCUAUGUCUAAAUACUUUACUCAGCAAUUCAUCCCCAAUAGCUUCAUUGGGAGGAGAUCCAGCGCUUUAUCACACUUUGCUUCACCCGAAGGACGACCUCUUUGUCAAAAACGUCGAGGGGAAAAGUCGAUCAAUUCCAGAACUUUAUUUGGACCUGGGUUUGGCGGAUGCUUCGCCCAAAAUCCAGGCGUUGCAACCAGAUAUAUCCGGGCAUUAUUUUCGAAGGAGCAUUGUUGACCCACGCGUGGUAUAUAAUAACAGUUUGAACGCUGCGACCGCUAAAAACUUGCCGGAGGCCAACAAACAUCUCUACAAGAUAUAUCCGGAGGUACGCACUAUAUACCUAGCCAUGGCGCUUAUUCCAGCUUUUAUCAUGUGUUAUGGGGCUUUUUCCUCCUUCAUCCGAUCCAAACUUCAUCUGGGGGAAGCAAUGCUAGCUGUCACUUUUGGAAUCGUGCUUGGACCGCAUGUAUCUGGACUACUUGAUCCGCGCUCGUGGGACGGAGGUGCAAGCUUCAACGAGGUCACUCUCGAAAUCACCAGGAUAAUCGUCGCCUUGGAUGUGUUCUCAGUCGGGGUUGAAUUACCAGCUGCUUACAUUCUGCGCCACUGGCGCACGAUGGUCUGCUUACUCGGGCCGGUCUUGUUGGCCGGCUGGUUUAUCACUGGCGCCUUUAUCUUGAUCUUUGUCCCGGCUCUCUCGUAUCUUGAGGCCCUGGUCAUUGCAGCCUGCAUCAGCCCUACUGAUGUUUUACUUGCUUCAUCUGUUGUCGGCAAGGGAAGAUAUGCAAAAGACCACGUUCCAUCACACCUUCGACACUUGCUCCAGGCCGAGGCUGGGGCCAAUGAUGGUGUAGCUAUCAUACUUCUAUACUUGACACUGUUUCUUCUCUUGAGAAAUGAUUACACAGUUGCACAUGCCAUUGGUAGUUGGGUCUUGAUUACCGUCUUAUAUCACAUCAUGGUCGGAAUCGUCAUCGGCGCGGUCGCUGGAAUCAUUGCGCGCAAGACAUUGAAGUUUUCUGGAGAGCAUUCGCUAAUCGACAACGAAUCGAUGGUCCCAAUGUACAUCUCUCUGGCACUUCUGACUGCCGGUGUUUGCGUCCUGUCUGGGACCGAUGACAUCGUAGCUGCCUUUGCUUGUGGGACGGCCUUUGGAUGGGAUGGCUGGUUUUCUGAAGAGAUUGAAGCCUCCAAUUUUUCGGCCAUCAUUUCCAACUUGGUUAACACUUUUGUUUUCAUCUUCGUUGGAGCCACCAUCCCGUUCAAAGCAUGGAAUGAUGCCAUCUUGACGUUGGUAGGCUGGAAAAUGUUCCUGCUGGUGAUUUGCAUUCUUCUUCUCCGGAGGCUUCCGGUCAUGUUCCUCUUACGAAAACUCAUCCCAGAGUUGCGAACGACCAAGGAAGCCUUGUUUUGCGCGCAUUUUGGUCCAGUUGGAGUCAGUGGAUUGUUUAUCAGUUUCUUGGCCACCAAAAAGCUCCCUGUACCCAGUAUUCCAGCGAAGUCCGGUCUUGAUAUCCUUGCUUUGACGAUACAACCGAUCUUGUAUCUACUCAUAUUCUGUUCGGUAUUUGUCCAUGGCCUUUCUAUACCCUUCUUUACGAUAACUAAAAGCAUACGCUCCCGGGCGAAUUCCGUAAGGAGGAGCGGGUCAUUAUCGUCUGGUAAUCGGCCCAGUACGAGUCGCCAUCGACGGAGCACAUCUUACCGACCGAGCACAUCCAACCAACGACCGAGUAUCUCCAUUGGUGAAACCAGUACGCCUAACACUUUGCCCAAAGUGAACAAUGGCGUCUCCUCGGUUGAUUGUACAACGACCACGCGAAGUGAUACCUUACAAUUUCAUCCACGAUAUCUAUCACCCGUAGGACCUCUUUCUCCGUUGCUCCCUAAUCUGGGCAUGAUAUCACCUUUUCAGCCUAUUUUGAAACCUCAUGAUGCAGGGCCGCGAGAGCCCAAAAUCGCACAUCCCAGAAGGUGGCCCGACCAAAGCUCAGAUGAGCCUACCAGAGCACACGUCCCAUCGUAUCCGAUCAUCAGUGGCAACGAUGAAACAAGUGCCGAGGUGGGGCCUUUAUUGCCACCAUCAUCAUCCCAAAAUUCUCACCUCAGACCCGGCGAUUCUCCCCGGUCGAACCGGCUCACAGUAAACAGCUCCAGGAAUAGUGUCCGUUCUUUAAGUUUUUGGUCAGACACAACCGAGUCGGAAGCCCAAGUUGGACCUACAGAUAGGACAAGUACUAGCCGAGAGUCAGAGAUACAGGAUGGGGAACAAGAUGACACGUACUUCACAUCAGGAUGCAAUCAAAAUGGCAAAAAUCUGGAUAGAAGGUCAACAGUGACCGACGCACGGCAAUCGGAUGAGCGGAUAGGGGAAGAGCUGCAUGAUGCAUUACCAACAGCAUCACUCGCUUAUGCUACUCGGCUUCAGGCCCACUCAAUUGUCUUACGUCCGAGGCGGUUCUCUGGUCGUGCACCUCGUCGUUCACCGCGUGCGAGCCGGAGGAUUUCAAUCGUGCCAGAGCACAAUCCAUUGGAGGAAAAUAUCAGGGGGAGCGACAGACAAACACGUCCCGGCUCAGCUUUAUCAAGCUCUCCUUCAACGCAUUCGAUAUCCGACACGCCUGGCCCUAAUGGAAGCCCUGCAAGAUUCGAUGCCAGUCAACUUGAACCCAAAGCCCAUGGCCAGAAUCCAACGGGUGUUACUGACACUCUAGAACGGCGAUUUAAUUCCACUCGCAACAUAGAGGACGAAAAUCCUGAAGAGAUGAACGCAUGUCCUGGUAGCAGAAGUGCAGGCUCUGCUUCACCAAGCUCUAAGCAAAACCUCCCAAGUCAACGCGAAUCAAAUCGGGAAGCGACCCAUCGGCCCAAAGAUUCCAAGCCAUUUUAUUCCAGGAUGCUAAGUUUUCGGUCAGCAGAUCCCUCGACGGGAUGUGGUGAUAGAUACACUAUGGGUACACAGUCCAUGCGGAGAGAAAGCAGAGCUUUUGAAGCCGCAAUCCACAGAAACUGUAAAAAUUGCAAAAAAUCGAGCUCCAUGGAAUAG